UCUUUCUCUGCUCCCACCUCCCUCUCUCUGUCAGGCUCUUCUUGAUGUCACACAUUGUACUAUAGAGGGGAGCUGAUGAUGGCGGCUGUAUCCAGUCUCUUUUCUGUAUAGUCUCCCUGAUGGAAAGAGGAGGCAGUUGCCCAGAGGACCAGGGUCAUGUCCUACAGAUUGUACAGAAGCUCAGAGAGGUCUUUGACGUGUGUGAUGAGGAUGCUGAUGGAGUGAUCAAUGUGGAGCAUUUUAUAAACCUGGGGCAGCAGUUUGCUCAUGGAGAUGAGGUUGAAAAACUUGUUAAAUACUUGGAUCCCAAUGAACUUGGCAGCAUCAAUUUUAAAGACUUUUGCCAUGGGGUACUCGCAAUUAAAGGAUGUAACGAGCUGCUGAAAGGAGUACUCAGGGUUAACAGCAAGAAGACUCAACACUACCCUGCCCAGUAUGUUGAGUAUUAUUAUCAGCGCUCUGACAUACCAGAUGGGAUGUAUGUGGACACGGAGGGUGCGUACAGUGACUCUGAGCUAUUCCCAGAUGAGGAGAGUAUAACUCUCGGGCAGCAAGAUGUCCACCAAGAAUCCGACCAAGACAGUGCUAUCGAGAGUGCCCAGAGUUCAGAAGCUUCAGAUGAGUGCCGGAGUAAUGGGAAAGAUGAAGAACUCCGAGGGCUUUACCUCCCUGGCAACCCGAAUCUUCUCAAUCCUUCAUCUGAUAUUUCCAGCCACUCAACAGCUUCCCUGCUCAGCAAUGAGGAGCAAUUUGAGGACUAUGGUGAAGGCGAUGAUGUGGAUUACACCCCCAGCAGUCCAUGUCCUGAUGAUGAGAGUAGAACAAAUGCCUUCUCUGACCUGGGCUCCUCGGUCUCCUCCAGUGCUGGCCAGACUCCGCGUAAAAUGAGGCACAUGUACAACAGUGAGCUACUGGAUAUGUACUGCACACAGUGCUGUAAGAAGAUCACCCUGCUCAAUGACCUGGAAGCAAGGCUAAAGAACCUCAAAGCAAACAGCCCCAACAGAAAGAUCUCCAGCACAGCAUUUGGAAGGCAGCUUUUCCACAACAGUAAUUUGAGCAGCAGUAAUGGCAGCACUGAGGACUUGUUCCGUGACAGCAUUGACUCCUGUGACAAUGACAUCACUGAAAAGGUCAGCUUUCUCGAAAAGAAGGUGACCGAACUGGAGAAUGACAACCAGACAAAUGGGGAUGUCAAAAGCAAGCUGAAGCAUGACAAUACACAGCUGGUACACAGAGUACAUGAGCUGGAGGAGAUGCUGAAGGACCAGGAGACCAGGUCUGACCAGAUUCUGGAUGAGGAAAUAAAGCGUCACAGGGAAACCUAUAGUAGACUAGAAAAGGAGAAGGGAACAGAGAUUGAGCUACUGAAUGCCAGGGUUAUGGAACUGGAAGAGGAGAAUGAUGAUUUAUUAACCACAAUAAGCAGACUGAAAUCGCACACAGAGAAAGUAGAUGAGGAAAGACAGAGAAUGUCUGAUAAACUGGAAGACACCAGUCUACGGCUUAAAGAUGAGAUGGAUCUGUAUAAGAAAAUGAUGGACAAACUGCGUCAGAACCGUCAAAACUUCCAGAGGGAACGGGAAGCAACACAAGAGUUAAUUGAGGACUUGCGCAAAGAGCUUGAACAUUUGCAGAUUUAUCGGUUAGAUUGUGAGAGGUCUGGCCGAGGAAGAAGUUUAUCAUCUGGACUGCACGAGUUCAACACUAAAACUCGAGAGUCUGAGCUGGAGCAGGAGAUCAGACGCUUGAAAAUGGAUAACCAGAAACUACGGGACCAGAAUGACGAUCUCAGUGGACAGAUUCUCAGUCUCAGCUUAUAUGAAGCAAAGAACCUCUUCUCAACGCAAACAAAGGCUCAGUCUCUGGCAGCAGAGAUUGACUCAGCCUCUAAGGAUGAGCUUAUGGAGGCCUUAAAAGAACAAGAAGAGAUUAACUUGCGUUUACGACAGUACAUGGACAAAAUCAUUUUAGCCAUCCUGGACCACAAUCCUUCCAUACUGGAGAUUAAACACUGACGUGCACACGGAACAGAAAUAAUUGCAGCUACUUCUUACACUCCGGAUCCCUUGAAUAUACUGUGAUUGUUUAGAAAUAUAGUUUUAUAUAUUUGAUCACCUUGUAGGUGUAUUGUGUUCCUAUGGACCACCCUCUAUGCUAAUGUUCACUUUUCUCUUGAAGACACUUUAAGACUUAAAGCUGCUAAAGCAGACCUGGAUUAAACUGGAAGAUGUGAAGAUCAUAUAUUGUAACUGGAAAACUUGGAGAUUAUCAAUCCCAGCAUGACGGAAGAUUGGAUGUACGCUACCUCUUGCAGGAUUUAACAUUAGAGUUGCGGUGGAUAUUUUAGCUCAGAGGCUGUCCCACAACUUUGCCUUUCUUGGACUAAUGUCUGUUUACUUAUUUAAUUGGGUUAUUAUUGCACCAGUUCAGAGUUGGUUAUAGCUAUAGAAAAGGCCAUAACACAAUCAGAAGAAAACAAAUCUGUGCUGUUUGUGAGACAAGUAAGUACACAGCCUGGUUUCAAGCCACUAUCUCCGUAUCAAGUGAGGAGAUAUAAUAGGACCAUUAAACCUAAUACACAAGUGUCUUCUAUGAAGUUACUAAGAACACUCACACAGGUGGUUGGAGCAGAUCUGUGUUGCAUGUAAGAAGCAAUCCUUACAUAUGAUGCUAGUAUGCUGCAAAAAAGCAGAGACUCUAUACAUAUAACUCUGUUUUUAAUUCUAAUUGAAGGGAAGUGGUUUCUUCUCCACAUGAAAUGGCUGAUAACCUAGAACAAUUGAUUACAGCUAACCACAAAGCAAAUGUUUAUACAAUUAGAUGUUUACCACUGUAUUUACAUUUGUUAUGCAGCUGAUUACAAACUAUUAUUCUGUUGUCAACCACUUUAGCCUGAUGACACUUACUAUAUGGUAUUUAAACCUCUUAUGCAUAUAUACAUUCUUCGUGUAUAUUUCAUACAAGACAACUUGUGUUUUAGAUUCAAUGGGGGGAAUUCAAAUGUUUAAAAAGUCGGUUGGGUGUGUGUUUUUUUUCCUGUCUAUUAGAUAAGAAAUAAGACACCAGACUGACUUUUCAAACAUUUGCAUUCCCUUCCCCCAGUGAGUCUUUAAAGGCAAAUGUAAUUGUUUUAGCCAACAAACCCCACCUGUAAGAAGAAUAAUAGGGGAUGCUGGGAUGGACUUGAGAGUUGAUUCACAAAGAUGUCAAUUCCUCUAGGAAUAUGGUGAGAAUAGGAUAUACAGUAUACAGUAGCUAAAUAGCUUUAUCCAAUAGCACGAGGAAAAUGGCUCAGACAAUGUUACAGGCGAUAGGGUGCUCACACACAGUGCCUCUAAAAUAUAAUGUUUGGAGAAAACAAGAAGAUGGUCUGUCAUUCAGCAUUUAUUGAAAACACUCUCUAACCAGAAACUAAUCUAUAUAUAAUAAUAUUCUUAAACCGUCUCACAACAAGAAAAGCUUAAUUGCCACACUUGCACACAUCCCUCUAGAUGCACUACUCUCCACUACCACAAGAGGGGGAUCAAGGACAGAAAUAACACAAUACCUGCAAUAAACAGGGUUAUAUCACGAGUGAAGGGGUUAUUCCAAUAUAAUGUAUAUAGGAAUGGGCAGUAUGUUUAAAUACUGAAUGUAAAGAGAAAUGUACUUGUGUCUUGCACACGUUAUUGUUAUUGAGCUCAUUGGUACUGUGCCUUCAGGCUGUACAUUGUUAGAUAUGUUACACUUCGUAUGGUGCCAUCUUUCACACACUGUAAAUCUGUAAAUAAACAGAGAUUUGUA